UCGAUCUGUCUAUCAUUCUAUUCCCUCUCCCAUCGUUGUAAAGAAAGUUUAUGGCUUUUCUGAUUUUUUACACAUUUAUUUUCUUCUUCAAUUUUCUGUUUGUUAUGCGUGAUUCGUGUUGUUUGCAUGUUCUGAAUUUAAUUUCAAUUUUCUAACUCCCCACUCGCUCUGUAAUGUAUUACCUUUUGAGGGUAUUUGACGUCUGCUAGCUGCUACUUUUAUUUCCUAUUUUCUUAUCUUGACGGACUUUCCCUGCUUUUCUCAUGGAACAUAGAACAUAUUGAUGUAGGCUGGUCUAGAAAUUUACUAUUUUGACAUCUGGAACAAUGAACUUUUGGUUUAUAGCGUGUUUUAGUUACUAGGGUCAUUCGACACGUUAUUUUUAAGUUGAUGUGCACCUAGAUUGUUGUUCCACAACCAUCAAAACUUGGUCAAAACUGACUUUAAGUGGACUUUUAAAAUUCAUCAAAUCCAGUUAUUUUUUAUUUAAUUUAAGUCUUUGUAUCUCAGCUUAACUUUUUAAUAACUUUUAAUUGAUGAUUUGUUUUUCAACAUUUCGACUCUUGACAAGACCUUUGUUUUCCCUUAACUGCAUUUCAAAAGCGUAUAACAAAAAAAUAAAAACUGACAAAGACAUUUUCAAUGCACAUUGAUAAAGGUUUCCAUUUCUUCAUAUCAGUCAAAACCCCCUUUCUUUUCCACCAUUAAUGUACCUAAAAUCUAACUAGUACACACUUCAAAACCACCCAACAAAUACUUUCUAAACUCUUCUAAUACCCUACUGAUCGCUUCCGUAAUAACCACUUGUAAACAUGUCUCCACCUUAACCCUCUAAACGAAACGUGUGAGCUGUCUUUAACCCUAGAUCACAGAUCACUUCAAAUGCUAACUCCCCCCUAACGGUUUAGUGAGAACUAAUAACAGUUUCGAAUGUGGAUUACAACUUCAAAAUUAAAUAUUUUUCUCUAAUUCUUGAUGCACCCAUAAAACGAAUUAUUAAACACGCAACUCUUAUCGACAAAAACAAAAACACAUCGACAACAAUCACUACAUGGAUAUGUUAAACAUACAAACCAACGAUUCUGGCUUAUUUUCGGUUAUCUGGCGCGACGACAACGUUUUGGUUUGCACCAGGGACAAGAGCAGCGAUCCGAAUGGCGAUCCGGAUGGGGAAAGAACUAAAUGUCAACUGCCCAAUUGCAGCAGUCGCGCCAAGCAGCCCCUGAGUGCCUGGCACUCGAACAUCGAGGAUUACCGCUGCACCUACACGGGUCUCUAUCCGCGCUCCUGGACGGAGUACGAUCUGUCUCACUAUGGAGUGCGUUUGACCUGUCGCCAGGUAUCCCCGGUUAUCCCGCAUGAGUACAGGGAGUCCAGCCUUCCAUGCGCCGUCUUCGUUUGGAGUGUGGAGAAUGUCUGUGACCAGGAGCGCAAGGUGUCCAUCACUUUCACGUUCAAGAACGGCACUGGCAACAAGAAACAGGAUGCCGAGGGAGGAGCCGAGUCGCAGCUAAUCAGCGAGGGCAACGCUAAGGGUGUCUCCAUCAGGCAGAAGAUUGCCGAUAUGCCCUGCAGCUAUAACCUGGCCUGUCGCGUCCUCCCCGAGAUCAGUAUUACGCGGUGUCCUCAGUUCGAUCCCGCUGGAAAUGGAGAGCAGCUGUGGGCCCAACUCAAGGAGCACGGACAGCUCAGUGAGCAGCCCACUUCGGAGACCCUUAAAACCAAAGACAUUGGCGUGGCAGUCUGUGCCCAGGUGGCCCUAAAACCCAUGGCUUCACAUGAACUGGAGUUUGUGCUUGCCUGGGACAUGCCGAAGAUUCAGUUUCCCAGGAAGAUGCAGACCCACACGCGCUACUAUACCAAGUAUUUCGAUGACAGUGGAGAUUCUGGUCCUAAGAUCUGCGAGUAUGCUCUGAAGCAGUACGCCACUUGGGAGCGACUGAUUGAUGCCUGGCAGAGACCCAUUCUUACUGAUGACACCCUUCCCGACUGGUACAAGUGCGCCAUAUUCAAUCAAUUGUACUUCAUCUCGGAUGGCGGAACCAUUUGGUUAAAAUGCGACUCUUCGCUGGGUAAGGAGCUGGCCUACGAUGACCCACGGCUAGCUUAUGGCCGCUUUGGUUACCUAGAGGGUCAUGAAUACCGCAUGUACAACACCUACGAUGUCCAUUUCUACGCAUCGCCGGCUCUUGCCCAUCUGUGGCCCAAUCUUCAGGUUAGUCUGCAGUAUGAUUUUAAGGAUGCCAUCGCCGCGGAGUUAAACGAUACCCGUAAAAUGCUUUACGAUGGCAAGGUGAUGCCGCGGAAAGUCAAAAACUGUGUGCCCCAUGAUCUAGGGGAUCCCGAUGAAGAACCCUUUACCCUCAUCAACUGCUACAACAUUCACGAUGUGAAUGAUUGGAAGGAUCUCAAUACCAAGUUUGUGCUGCAAGUCUAUCGGGACUACUACGUCCUCAAUGAACUGGCCCAGGCCCAAGCGGAUAAUGCCAGCAAGUUCAGCUCCAUCGAGUUCAUCGACAAGGAGAGUUUAUAUGAGCUGUACAGCCAGGACAACAAGCGCAAAAAUUCGGCCGAUGAAAAGCAACAAAACCGUAAAUCUGCAUCGAUGUACAUCAACGAAACUAAUGGAAAGGUAUACCUAAUGGAUGCCAUUGGAUAUCUUAAGGCCAUGUACGGACCCUGCAAGGCAAUAAUGGAGCGAACCAUUGAGUACGAUAAGGACAACGAUGGUCUGAUCGAAAACACCAAGAUGCCGGACCAGACCUACGACUCCUGGGUAAUGGAUGGGCCAAGUGCUUACUGCUCCGGGCUCUGGUUGGCUGCCCUGCAGUCCAUGUCGGCGAUGGCCACAAUACUGGAUCAGCCGAAUGAUUGCCUACGCUAUCAGGAUAUUCUGGAAAAGGGCAAACGAUCGCUGGAGGAGAAGCUCUGGAAUGGCAGCUACUAUCGAUUUGAUCUCUCGCACAGCCAUCGGGAUACGAUUAUGGCGGAUCAGCUAUGCGGUCAUUGGUACCUGAAGUCCUGCGGCUUCGAUUAUGAGAUCUAUCCGAAGGAGAAUGUGCGCACGGCUCUUAAGAGGAUCUAUGACAAUAAUGUGAUGGGUUUUCAUGAGGGCAAUAUUGGGGCGGCCAAUGGCUUUAUAGCCAAUGCCAGUGAACCCACCAAGCCUGGGCAUGUGGACAACAGUAACAUCCAGGCGGAAGAAGUGUGGCCGGGUGUUGUUUACGCUCUGGCCGCCACCAUGAUCCAGGAGGGCAUGUACGAGGAGGCCUUUCAGACAGCCGGUGGAAUGUACAAGACCCUUUCGCAGCGCAUCGGCAUGAACUUUGAAACCCCCGAAGCGUUGUACGGUGAGAAACGCUAUCGUUCCAUUGGUUAUAUGCGUCCCUUGAGCAUUUGGUCCAUGCAGGUGGCAUUGGAACGACGGCGGGCCCAACGCGACUAAAUCCAAAGUACAAUCUAAUCCGAAGUCUACACAACCAAAGAUAUUUCUAAGCCAGCACAAAGAUUUUCUUAGCUUUUAGUUUGAUUCUUAUGUCGAGGUUGAAAGUGUGUAUCGAGCUUAUUGGAGAUGCGAGUGGAUGAAGAUUAUGUCCUGAGAUGGUAUUUAAAUUUUAUAGCUUUAUGUGUACUUUUAAGCUGGAAUCUGUUGGCGCUUACUCCAUGUCUUCUCUAGCUAUAAAGCCAGUCACAAAUCAAACUGCUACACUCUGUUGAAGUACAACUACGCAAUGGUAUUCAAAUGGAGCACAAUUCGUAUUUAAAUGUUAGCUAAGCAAAAUAUUUAAAUCAAUUAUAAAUGUUUUAAUUAAUUAUGUAUGUCUUAAGAAAGUAUUUCAAUGUGUAAACUGUUGCUGUCUGCAAUAAAUGUGACCAAAGAGUCAUAAAUUAUUCAUGAA